AAUUUAUCUGUGUGUAAAUCUAGUCACACAACUGUCAUUAGGUCAGAAAAUAUUAUUCUGUUAACUACUGUAUUGACCAAUCAUUAUUAUGUUGAUGAAAUUUUGUUUUAAACUAUAUGACUGUCACUGAAUAUAAAUAAAAAAAACAAUGCACUUGGGGUCAGACUAUUAUUUUUGAUAAAUUGAUCACCUAAUCCCUACUUUCACAACUAAUCACUGUAAUGUCAAAGUAUCAGUCAAAACUGAAUGUUGAGAAAACACAAGAAGCAAUCAAGUUUAUAAGGAAUUGUUUCCAGAAACAAUUGUCAGCGAAACUAAAUUUGUUACGUGUAUCUGCCCCACUAUUUGUACCAGCCAACAGUGGAUUACAAGAUGAUUUAUCCGGUGUGGAACGUGCAAUUAUGUUCGAUGUUAAAUCUGGUGAGACAGCAUUCAUUAACCAAUCCUUGGCCAAAUGGAAACGUAUGGCAUUACACAAAUAUAAACUAAAUCAAUACGAUGGAAUUUACACAGAUAUGAAUGCGAUUAGACGUGAUGAAGUUAUCUCUCCACUGCACUCAUAUUAUGUAGACCAAUGGGACUGGGAGAUCAUUAUUCAGAGAGAUGAACGAAAUGACAAAAAAUUGGAGGAAGUAGUUGAGAAGAUAUAUGACUCUAUGAAAGUAACUGAGAACAUUUUGACAUCGGCUUACCCAGUGUUAAAUCGCAAGUUACCGGAAAAUAUUAAAUUCAUUACAACACAAGAGUUAGAAGAUAUCUACCCUGACAAAAAACCGGCAGAACGUGAAUAUCUUGCAGUUAAACAGUAUGGUGCUGUUUUUCUCAAACAGAUAGGGAAGCUUUUGAAAUCCAAUACGGUACACGACAAUCGAGCCCCAGACUAUGAUGAUUGGGAAUUGAAUGGAGAUAUACUAGUGUAUAGUGAACACGACGAUAGAUGUAUAGAAUUGUCGUCAAUGGGUAUCCGAGUGGAUGAGUUGUCAAUGGAGAGACAGUUGAAAGAAAGUGGUUGUGAAGCACGUAAACAGCUUGAAUAUCAUCAAAAUGUUCUGAAUGGUAUAUAUCCAUUAACGAUAGGUGGUGGAAUAGGACAGAGUCGAUUGUGUAUGUUUUUCAUGGAGAAGAAACAUAUUGGUGAAGUGCAAGUUAGUAUAUGGCCUGAACACGUUCGUCGUGAAUGUGAACAGAAUAAUAUAUUUCUCCUGUAAACUGAAAGAAAUCAUUUUCUCUCAGCUUUAUUGUUGAAAAGAAUGUGAAGUGCAUGAAUAUUAAUUGUAUGUAUGUUUUCAUAAAUGUUGUCCUUUCAAUGUUUGUGUGAUUUUGACUUUCUUGUGUUUUCGACUCUGACAAUGGCGAACUAGAUACUGUUUCAGCUAAUCGUUAAAUGAAUGAAUAGAGUUUCCAAUUAAUUUG